ACCGAAUGAAGCCGGUCAGUUUCCGGUCAUAAAAAUGUGACCCAACCCGGCAUCCUAAACUGGCCACGGACAUAUUUGUGAGCGUCGGUGUUUGUACUGUGUUUGUGAGGAUAGAGCGGAAGAAUAAACUCUCCAUAAAGCACACCAUGAAAGGCCAUGCCAAUCAAAAAUUAGCCUUUCUAUAGACGCAUCUGUUUCCCCAAGACCGAAAUACUCUGCGGUGAAGAUGAAGCUCCCCGAGGCACUCCGCUUUGUGCUCGCACUGCUGUUGCUCCGGCCGGCGACAACGGUGGGUUUACAAAGAAGCCAAGAAGCGAACAGGGUGGUUCCUUCCACUGCCACGCUCGCCGAUUGUCCAAGGAGUUGUGGCAACCUGAGCAUCGACUACCCUUUCGGCAUCGGAUCCGGCUGCUCCCGGCAGCCGGACUUCGACCUUCGCUGCGUCGAGAACAGCUCCGCGCAGGCUGCUGCUCCCAGGCUUUUCUUGCAAGACGGAGUCACGGAGAUCAUCUCCGAUGUCUCUGGUACAGAUCAGAACACGGAUUUUCUUGCAGCAUUUUCCCAUGUCAUCUCCUUGAGAUCUGACGCCGACGUGUACAACAUAUCCUGGUUUCCUGGGAAAUCUUUUCUUUUUCUUCCGGUCAUCAUACUCAACAUAACAGGCUGCAACUUCGACGCCUACAUGCUCGAACGUUCCUCCAACACGAUGGUGGGGAGUUGUACAGUGACAUGCCCUACAGAAGGCAUCACGGAUGCGGUGGCUAGACAGACCUGCAACGGUACAGGAUGCUGCUCCGUCGUCAUCGAGAACAUGGUCACCAGCCUCCAAUUCAGAUUUGUCCGUCGGAGGAUAGGGAAGCUGAAACUGGAGGGAAAGAGUACCCGUGGCCUCCUGUGGGAUACAAUUAAUAUAACCAGUGAUCACGCUGCUCUGUCCUGGGUAAUACGAGACGAUCAACAAUCAUCGGCCGGCAGCUUGCAAAAUAGGUCAGACUAUGCAUGUCGCAGCAACCACAGCGGAUAUACACAGUCCAACGAGUUAUCAUUUCUCGGCUAUCUCUGUUUCUGCGAUAGUGGUUACCAAGGCAAUCCCUAUAUACUGGAUGGCUGCUCCCGUGAUAGAGGUUUCGAUCCGUAUCAACGGAGGAAUAAUUGCUCCAGGAUGUGUGGGAAUAUUAGUGUUCCUUUUCCCUUUGGCAUAGAAUACGGUUGUUUUGGAAGGAAGUUAUUUCAGCUCAACUGUACAAAUCCUACAACGUCUACGCUGCAAUUCAACAGCGGUCCGACAAUAAUCGUGCCCACUGUGAAGUACAUAAAUAUUAAUGAGGGGCUAUUGGAUGUUUACUACGAAACACCAUUUGACGACAGGAUGAUGAGUAUAUCUGAAGGACCUCAACUGUACAGCUCUAGUUCUUCCGGGCAAUCCGCUUCUCUGCACUGGGCAGUUGCAAAUUUAACAUGCCAAGAAGCACAACAGAACGUAUCAGGAUAUGCAUGCGUUAGCACAAAUAGUACAUGCUUGGGCGUUGUUUACUCUGAAAGAGGAGGCCCACUUGGUUACCGUUGCACAUGUGUAACAGGCUUCGACGGGAAUCCAUAUACCACGAAUGGGUGUCAAGACGUUGACGAGUGCCAGACACUGAUGUGUAAAUCGACGAAAGGGCAAAGUCUUCCACUAGGUAUCGCUAUUGGGAUCAGCGUUGCCUCUGGCAUUCUACUCUUCAUCUUAAGUGCAAAUUUUAUUGUCCGGAGAUGGAAAAGAGGCAUCCAAAAGAAACUUAGAAGGAAGUAUUUUAGAACGAACCAAGGACUUCUCCUGGAACAGCUUAUUUCAGGAGAUGAAAAUGCAAAUGACACAACCAAGAUUUUCUCACUGGCAGAGUUAGAGAAGGCAACAAAUAACUUUGACCCUACACGUAUAGUUGGCCGCGGAGGGCAUGGCAUGGUAUACAAAGGCAUCUUAUCUGAUCAACGUGUAGUGGCCAUUAAAAAGUCUAAAGUCAUAGCACAAAUUGAGAUUACUCAGUUCAUCAACGAGGUUGCUAUUCUCUCACAGAUAAACCACCGAAAUAUUGUGAAGCUCUUCGGAUGUUGCCUUGAGACUGAGGUCCCACUAUUGGUGUAUGACUUCAUACCUAAUGGUUCAUUAUUUGGUGUUCUUCAUAAUCCAAACAGCAACUCUUCCUUGUCGUGGGAUGAUUGCUUAAGAAUUGCUAUAGAAGCAGCUGGAGCACUUUCUUACCUUCAUUCAGCUGCUUCUGUAUCAAUCUUUCAUCGUGAUGUGAAGUCGACAAACAUACUCCUGGAUGGGAAUUAUACAGCAAAGGUAUCAGACUUUGGUGCUUCGAGGUUGGUUCCUAUUGACCAGACCCAUGUUAUGACGAAUAUACAAGGUACAUUUGGGUACUUGGAUCCAGAAUAUUAUCACACUGGCAUUUUAAAUGAGAAGAGUGAUGUGUACAGUUUUGGUGCGGUACUUGUGGAGUUGCUCCUUCGAAAGGAGCCUAUUUUUACCACUGACUCCGGGCUAAAGCAAAACUUAUCCAAUUACUUCCUUUGGGAGAUAAGGGAGAAACCACUUGCUGAAAUUGUAGCUGCUCACGUUCUCGAGGAAGCAACCGAGGAAGAGAUUAGUGGUGUAGCCGGUGUUGCGGAGAUCUGUUUACGUCUUCGAGGUGAAGAAAGACCUACUAUGAAACAAGUCGAGAUGAAAUUGCAGCAUCUGCGAUUGGAGAGGUUGAGAAUGCGCGAGCUUGCUGCAAAAGACCAAGACAUUCAACCUCUGUCGACAGUACAAAGCCAAGUUGCUCAUCGGUCUUUAGCCACUGCAGGUCGGAAGGUGGGAAGCUCAAAUUCAUCUUCCGAGAGAAGCCAAAACUGUUAUAGCUUGGAGCAAGAAUUUAUGUCAUCAGCGACUCUACCACGCUAGAUAUUAUCCGGCUUCUAAUAUUGUGUUCGGAUUUUUCCCUUUCCUAAGUACACUUACUAGAGACGAAUGAAUAUACUACUUUCUCUGAUGACGAUUACAACUUAUGUAUCCGAAAUGGUCAGCUUGUAGAUAAACACCAGAGCAGCACCACGCAUGACUAUACAUGGCCGAGGCCGACGGCUGUGGCCAUCUGAAUUGUGUACGUCUUUGGACCAGAUGCUAUUCUAGGAAUCGACCAGCAGCCAUACACCUGUGCAUGUCUCAAGAAAAAAUCUGGUCAUGUACUAUUGUUGAGGAUAUAUCUCGUGGCAAACGGGUAAUGGGUCGGCAUCGAGAUGGGCCCCAGCAUCAUCAUCAACAAAUAGGAAAGGAACACACAUGUGGGAGUAUUUCUUUGGGCAAGAGAGACAAGCCUCGGUAACAAAUUCACCAUCGUCAGUUUGGUGAAGCUUUAGCUUUGCAAUGUUCUGGCGGUAGUGAAAUUAGCGUGCCAGGCUUCAUGAUAUUGUUUCAUCGCAAACAAAACCAAUGUCUACUCUACCAUGGCUAAACGAAAACCGUUCUAUCGCCUUACGCAUCUCUGAAAGCAAAGAUCACACAAGCAUUACCCAGCCAGUUUCACGCAAUUCUUCACUUUAGCAACUCUAGUUGUUAUAGUUCCGUUUCACUGGAGGAGCAUAGGCAAAACAAUGUUGACAGAACUAAUCAUCCAAUUGCGCACAGUAAAAAGACGAUAGGAAUAAACAUCUCAUCAAACAAAACCCAUAGGAAUGCCUUACAAAAA